AUGCCCGCUGCUGCUCUCGCCUCUGCCAUUCCGCGAUCUCUCUUCUCGUCUUCGCUGCGCCGAGCUGCUCUUACUUCAACCACCAUCCGCCCUGUCCGCGCUUCCUUCGGUGCCAUCCAAACCAUCUCCCCCUUCGCCGUCCGCACAAUGGCUUCCUCCGCCCACAAGAUCAAGGUCAAGAACCCCGUCGUCGAGCUCGACGGUGAUGAGAUGACCCGCAUCAUCUGGCAGGUCAUCAAGGACAAGUUCAUCCACCCUUACCUCGACAUCGAUCUCAAGUACUAUGAUCUCGGUCUUGAGUACCGUGACGAGACCAACGAUCAGGUCACCAUUGAUGCCGCCGAGGCUAUCAAGAAGUACUCCGUUGGUGUCAAGUGUGCCACCAUCACCCCUGAUGAGGCUCGUGUCGAAGAGUUUAAGCUGAAGCAGAUGUGGCUUUCCCCCAACGGCACCAUCCGAAAUGCCCUUGGUGGUACCGUCUUCCGUGAGCCCAUUGUCAUCCCCCGCAUUCCUCGUCUUGUUCCUGGAUGGAAGAAGCCCAUCAUCAUUGGCCGUCACGCCUUUGGUGACCAGUACCGCGCCAAGGAUGCUGUCCUGCCCGGUCCUGGUAAGCUCUCCAUGGUCUUCACCCCCGAGGGUGGAAAGCCCGAGGAGAUUGAGGUCUACCAGUUCAAGGAAGGCGGUGGUGUUGCCCAGACUCAGUACAACACUGACGAGUCCAUCACUGGCUUCGCUCAUGCUUCCUUCAAGCUUGCUAUCGACAAGGAGCUUCCCCUGUACAUGAGCACCAAGAACACCAUCCUCAAGAAGUACGAUGGUCGCUUUAAGGACAUCUUCCAGGAGAUCUACGAAACCACCUACAAGAAGGAGUUUGAGGCCAAGAAGAUCUGGUAUGAGCACCGUCUCAUUGACGACAUGGUCGCUCAGAUGAUCAAGAGCUCUGGUGGCUACAUCAUGGCCCUCAAGAACUAUGACGGUGAUGUCCAGUCUGACAUUGUCGCCCAGGGCUUCGGCUCUCUUGGCCUCAUGACAUCCGUUCUCAUCACCCCCGAUGGCAAGACCUUCGAGUCUGAGGCUGCCCACGGUACUGUCACUCGCCACUACCGUGAGCACCAGAAGGGUAACGAGACCUCCACCAACCCUAUCGCCUCCAUCUUCGCCUGGACUCGUGGUCUUAUCCAGCGUGGCAAGCUUGACGAUACCCCCGACGUUGUUGCCUUUGCUGAGAGCCUCGAGAAGGCCUGUAUUGACACUGUCGAUGUCGACGGUAUCAUGACCAAGGAUCUUGCCCUGGCUACCGGCAAGUCUGAGCGCAAGGACUACGCCACCACCAACGAGUACCUUGACGCCGUUGAGCGCCGACUCAAGCGCACCCUCAAGGAGAAGCUGUAA